AGAAUGAUGAGAAGCACUACACUGUCUGCAGCAUGUGUCAUUCUGGAAAUAUGUCCAUUAGCUGCUUCUAAAUCAGGACCACAGAUUUCAACUGUUUCCCAGAUGCCCGUUGCGCAACGCAUCAUGUGGUUCCCCCUGCAAUUGCAGACGGAUUUUGACAUGUUUAUUCCUCUCCACCAGCUCGAGCACGGUUUCCCUCUGACGUCUCAUCUGCUGGCAGGUGUUCAGAUAUGUGCUGCAUGAGCUUGUGAGUUUCAGAUCCCAGAUCACUCUGCAGCAGAGGACCAGAGAGCAGGUCACAGUCAUGAAGGAGAGGAGUGAAAUUUCUCCCGCGUGGAAAGUGCUGUUGGCGGGGAUGUGUGCGCUGCUGCUCCUCAGCUCUGCAGGUUUGGUGUUUCUGCUGCUUCGGCAGAGAGAGCUGGCGGAGGAGCUGGUCAGGUUGGAGUCCCAGAUGCAGGAGUUGUCUCAGAGCUGCAGGAUUCAGGCAGGGAUCCUUCCACCCGAUCUCACAGAGGCCGGAGAGCUGAAGAAGCUCCAUCGGAUCAGAAGGAACCAGGAGGGAGACUCAACACCAAGCCAGGACCAGAAGGACAUGCUGAUGCUCAUGACUUACUCCAUGGUACCUGUCAAAGCCUUCACAGAUCUGUGUAACGGCUCUAAAGGGGUUUGUUUAACAGGACCACCUGGACCCCGAGGUUUGCCUGGUAGACCAGGUUCACCAGGACCUCAGGGUGCACCAGGACCAGAGGGGAGACGAGGAAGAAGAGGUCCUCCUGGUCCACCCUGUCCUGCCUGUUAUUCCCAUGAAGUGAGAAACAAGAAGAACCAAGAACGCACUCGUCAAAACAUGUUGAUGGAAUCACCGUCACCACCUCCAGCUGAUGGUGCCAGAGAGGUUCGUAAUGUUACCGACUCUGAGAAACUUCUAGACACAAAUCUGGGAUCUGGGUCAGAAUCUUUUCAUCCAAACCACAGCCACGACACCUUGAAAAAUACCCACGGGAAAAAUGUGACAGAGGCCCCAUUUAAACUGUCAUCAGCCCUAAUUACUGCAGCCUUUAACAGCAACAGUGAUGCCUUCAGUGACAGUGGAAAUGUCACUGAUUCGUCAGUGAUAAAUGAGUUAGUUUCACCUCGUCCAAACCACAGACACAACACCUCUGUUGAAACCAGUCCAGGAAAUGUAACAGAGGCACCAGUUCAGACAUUAACAGUGUUACAAACACCAGAUCCAGGUCACAAUGUCAGAAAUGUUCAAGACCUUUCUGGCUUUAGGAAACUUAUAUACUCAUAUUUCGAAUCUGCUUUUUCUGCAGCAUCACCAACACCACAUCCAUCUGAAGACACCACAGAUGUUCUCAGUGUUACUGACUCUGAUAAACAUCUGGACUCAAACAUGGAACCUGGCCCUUUUCAUGACCAUGACAGCCGUAAUAUCAACACCAACAAUGUUACAGAGGGACCAGCAAAAUUAUUACCAGCCCCAGUUGAUGCAGAACAAAGCCGAGAUGCUUUAAAUCACGGGAGGACCAUGAAUAAAACACCCAUGAAGAGUGCAUCGUCAACAUCACAUCCAGCUGAAGACACCAGAGAUGCUUUCAGUGUUACUGACUCUGAGAAACAUCUGGACACAAACAUGGAACCCGCGCCAUUUCAUCAGCAUGACAGCCACGACACCUUGAAGGAUGCCGACAAUAAAAAUACGACGGGGGGACCAGAAAAAUUAAUACCAGCUCCAUUUGAUGGAGAACAAACCAGAGAUACCUCCAGAACUGUCACUGAAACACCCAAGAACAGAGAGUCAAUAACAUUUCAUCAGCAUAACAGCGAUGGCACCUUGAAUGAUAUCAACACCAAAAAUGUUACAGAAGAACCACUAAAAUUAUUACCAGCCCCAGUUGAUGCAGAACAGAACAGAGAUGCUUUAAAAGACAGGAGAAACAUGAAUAAAACACCCAUGAGGACUGAACCACCAGCAUCACAUCCAGCUGAGAACACCAGAGAUGCUUUUAUUGUUCCCGACUCUGAGAAACAUCUGGUCACAAACAUGGAACCUGAGCCUGUAACAUUUCAUCAAGAUGACAUCCGUGAUACCUUAAAAGAUAUCAAUACUGAAAAUGUGACAGAGGAACUGGUAAAAUUAUUACCAGCUCCGCUUGAUAAAGAACAAAACAACGAUGCCUUAAAUCACAGGAGAACCAUAAAUAAAAGACCCAUGAAGACUGAAUCAUCAACACAGCAUCCAUCUGAAGACACCACAGAUGCUCUCAGCGUUACUGACUCUGAGAAACAUCUGGACUCAAACAUGGAACCUGGAGCUUUUCAUGAACAUCACAGCAGUGACAUCAACAGUAAAAAUGCCACAGAGGGACCAGCAAUAUUAUUACCAGCCCCAGUUGAUGCAGAAGAAACCAGAGAUGCUUUAAAUGACAGGAGAACUAUCAAUAAAACACACAUGUGGACUGCAUCACCAACAUCACAUCCAGCUGAAAACACCAGAGAUAUUCUCAAUGUUACCGACUCUGAGAAACAUCUGGACACAAACACUGAACCUGGACCUUUUCAUGACCGUCGCAGCAGUGAUACUGACACUAAGAAUGUUACAGAGAGACCAGUGAUAUUAUUACCAGCUCCACUUGACAAAGAGAAAAACAGUAAAGCCUCAAAUCACAGGAGAACAAAGGAGAAUAAAACACACAAGAGGACUGAAUCAUCAACAUCACAUCCAGCUGAAAACACCAGAGAUGCUUUCAGUGUUACUGACUCUGACAAACAUCUGGACACAAACAUUGAACCUGUACCAUUUCAUCAGCAUGACAGCCAGGACACCUUGAAAGAUACCGACACUAAAAAUGCUACCAGGGGAUCAGAAAAAUUAAUACCCGCUCCAUUUGACGCAGAACAAACCAGAGAUACCUCCAGAACUGUCACUGAAACACCCAUGAAUAGAGCCACAUUUGAUGCAGAACAAAACAGAGUUACUUCCAAUGCUACUGACUCUAAGAAACAUCUGCACACAAAAAUGGGAAAUGAGCCCAUAUUAUUUCAUCAAGACAACAGCCAUGACACCGUAAAUGCUGCCAAAAGGCAAAAUGCUACAGAGGCACCACACAAUUUACUAACAACCUCGGUGUUUGCUGAUCUGGAUCAAAAGAGAAAUACUUUCAACAGCAGUGGAAACUUUAUUGAUAAACCCAUGAAAAGUGACUCUUCAUCAUCUUUGCAGACCUCUAAUACCAUCAGUGUGACCACUACUGAGAUGUGGACAAAAACUGAGUGUAAAAUUAAAACCAUUAAAUGCUCGGAGAGGACCACCAAAAUGCAGAACACCUAUGGAGCCUGGAUGUCGGAUGUGUCUCAGCCGGAUGAAAGUCGAUACUGGCUGGCUGAACAUUUUUCAGGCCGAGUUUUGGCGGAAUCCAGGAACAUUUCAGCUUUUCAGGAUGGAAACUAUAAAACUAUCGACAUCAGGAGGUUCUACCAGGGCUGUGGUCACGUCGUUUAUAAAAGGUCCUUUUACUUCCACAACGCAGGAACAAACAGACUUGUAAAAUUUGACCUGAACACGAGGAGAUCAAACACUCUGAUGAUGCCCAACAGCAGAUACAACAACCUCACUUAUCUUUUCCGCAACUCAAAGACAUAUUUCAAGUUUGCAGCGGAUGAAAAUGGAUUUUGGGUCGUCUUUGCUUCGAACACAGACGACAACACGAUGGUUGCGAAGCUCAACCCUGACAGGUUCUCUGUGGAGUCGGUCAUUAACACUGGCUACCCAACAACUAAAGCAGGGAACGCUUUCGUUGUGUGCGGGGUUUUAUAUUUUACAGACGACAAAGACAGGAGAGUGACGUAUGCAUUUGACUUAAAGAAAGAGAGUCCUCUGGAUGCAAGCUUUGAUUUAAGGCCAUCGAACGGCAUCUUGGCAAUGCUGUCAUACUAUCCCAACAAAAAGCUUGUGUACAUGUGGGACAACAGCAGUGUGACAACCUGCAGAGUUAAACUCAAACAUUAAAACUAUAAUAAAACCUUAUAAAGUAAAGAUAAAAACUGUUUUUAAAUCUUAUGAGCUUUAUGUGAAUUUCUUGAAACAGUGAUCAUUUCUUUUUGUAAUAAAAACAUAACCCCAAAUUACUGAC